AUGCUCCAGGUCGCGCUGAGCCCGUACAAUGUGGCGCUGGCCGUGCCAUGUGUCCUGGCCGUCGUCUGGACUUUUCUGAGACUCCGGCUCGAGUAUCGCUUGAGACAGAACCCCGGCGUCAAGGCUCCCGUCUUGGCCAACAACCCCUUUGGCGCCAUCUACUUCUUCUGGGAAGCAGCAUACAUGCAGGCAACCGACCGCCUCCUCGCUUACUUCGAUACCAUCUUCACGCGCUUCGCCACCCCAUCCUCGGCCUGCCCGCACGCCGUCGAGCUGCCCUUUGCCACGCGGCGCAUCAUCAUCACGCGCGAGCCCGAGCACGUCAAGACGGUCCUCACGAGCAAGUUCGCCCGCUUCGGCAAGGGCGCCCUCUUCCACGACGCCUGGAGCCCCUUUCUCGGCGACAGCAUCUUCACCACUGACGGCGCCCUCUGGCAGCGCAGCCGCGCCCUCAUCCGGCCCAUGUUCACCCGCGAGCGCGUCCGCGACCUCGACAUCUUUGACCGAUGGACCGGCCGCCUCUUGGCUCACUUGCCGGCCGAGUCGGGGCGCGCCGUCGACAUUUGCGAUCUCUUCUACCGCAUGACGCUCGACGUCACCACCGACUUUCUCCUCGGCGAGCAUGUCGGCGCCCUGGAUAACCCCAACAGUGCCUUUACUAAAGCCUUCACCGAGGUCCAGCGCAUGCAAAUGAUUCUUACCAUUCUCCACCCCUUUCGCUGGCUUAUACCAAAACGUAAGUACACCGACGGCAUCAAGCUCAUCGAGCGCUUCAUGGACCCCUACAUCAAGGCAACGCUGCGCCUCAGCCCCGACGAGCUCGACAAGCUGUCAAAGUCGGACAAGGAGUUUACCUUUCUCCACAACAUUGCCCUCCUCUCGCGCGACCCCAAGGUCAUCCGCGACCAGAUCAUGGCCGUCCUGCUCGCCGGCCGCGACACCACCGCCUCGACGCUCGCCUGGUCCGUCUACGAGCUCGCAAACUACCCGCGCGUCUGGGCCAAGCUGCGCGCCCAGGUCCUCGAGACGGUCGGCCCGCACCGCACCCCGACCUACGAGCAUCUCAAGAACCUGACCUACCUCACCCACACCCUCAACGAGACGCUGCGCCUGUGGCCCGCUGUUCCGUACAACCUCCGAUCCUGUGUCGAAUCGUCAACCCUCCAAGGUCCACCCGGCCAGCCCGACAUCGCCGCCCUCCCCGGCGACGUCAUCAUCUACAGCACCCUCGCCAUGCAGCGCCGCCGGGACCUCUACCCGCCCGCCUCGGAAAAGUUUGCCGACCCGGCCAUCUUCAGCCCUGAGCGCUGGGAGCACUGGACCCCCAAGCCCUGGCACUACCUGCCCUUUAACGGCGGGCCUCGCAUCUGCAUAGGCCAGAACUUUGCCCUCACGGAGAUGGCUUUUACUCUGGUUCGUCUGCUGCAAAAGUACGAACGAGUCGAGUACAGGGGCGACUGGUCCGCCCAGUACCACAAGGCAGAUAUCGUCGGGUGCCCCGGCCAGGGCGUCCCCGUGGCCUUUUACGAACCCGGCACUUAA